CUUUUUGUAUUUCAGGGUGUCUAACAUGUAAGAAGAUGGAGCCAAGAUCUAGAAUGGUGCCUGUGACUCAGAUCAACUGCUGUCUUUCCCAGACAGAACCUCUGGCCUCCGGAAACCUAGAUUAAACAGCAUUUUCUGACAGCUCUUCCUCCUCAGUCCUUGAUUCCAUCACCACUGGAAACUUGAGCACCAACUCUAACCACCCCCACCCCCAGAGUUUUCUUGCUCCUGUCCCCAAACCCUCAGGACCUCUUAUUGCUACUUUGGGCUGAAACUGCAGGUGUCGGAUUGCCGGUGUAACCGUGCAGCUGUGCCGGCUCCUCCACCCUGUUUGGUAGAGCGGCUUGGCCUUUUUGAGGAGCUAUGGGCUGCACAGGUGAAGAGGUUAGCAGGCAUGGCACAGAAGGAACACCGGACUAUUAAGGUAGCGCUCCCCGGAGGACAGAAAGUGGAGGCCGUGGCAUGGAACACAACCCCUUACCAGCUGGCCCAGCAGAUCAGUUCAACCCUGGCAAAUACUGCAGUGGCCGCUCAAGUGAAUGGAGAACCUUAUGAUCUGGAGCGGCCCUUAGAGACAGAUUCUGACCUCAGAUUUCUGACGUUUGAUUCUGCAGAGGGGAAAGCAGUGUUCUGGCAUUCCAGCGCCCAUGUCCUGGGGGCAGCGGCUGAACAACUCCUAGGUGCUGUCCUCUGCCGAGGGCCCAGCACCGAGUGCGGCUUCUACCAUGAUUUCUUCCUGGGAAAGGAACGGACUAUCCGGGGCUCAGAGCUGCCUGUUUUGGAGCGAAUUUGCCAAAAACUUGCAGCUGCUGCUCAGCCCUUCCGGAGGCUAGAGGCUUCCCGGGAUCAGCUUCGCCAGCUCUUCAAGGAUAACCCUUUUAAGCUCCGCCUGAUUGAGGAGAAAGUGACGGGUCCGACAGCAACAGUUUAUGGGUGUGGCAUGCUGGUGGAUCUUUGCCGGGGCCCCCACCUUCGGCACACCGGACAGAUUGGAGGACUGAAGCUGCUCACGAACUCGUCAUCCUUAUGGAAGGCCUCAGGGGCCCCCGAGACGCUGCAGAGGGUGUCCGGGGUUUCCUUCCCCACAGCAGAGGAGCUGAGGGCCUGGGAAGAAUGGAGGAAGGCGGCAGAGUCACGGGACCACCGGCGCAUUGGGAAGGAACAGGAGCUCUUCUUCUUCCAUGAACUGAGUCCUGGGAGCUGCUUCUUCCUGCCCCGGGGGACGAGGGUGCACAAUGCCCUGGUGUCUUUCAUCAGGGCCGAGUACACCCGCCGUGGUUUCUCAGAAGUAAAAACACCCAUACUGUUCUCUACGAAACUCUGGGAACUGUCAGGACACUGGGAGCAUUAUCAGGAAGACAUGUUUGCCCUGCAGUCCCCAGGCUCUGACAGGCCCACCAGCUCCCAGAGUGACCACUCUACCAGCCAUCCCACAGACACGCUCGCCCUCAAGCCCAUGAACUGCCCUGCACACUGCCUGAUGUUCGCCCACCGGCCCAGAUCCUGGCGAGAGCUGCCCCUGCGACUGGCAGACUUUGGGGCCCUUCACAGGGCCGAGGCCUCGGGCAGCCUGGGAGGACUGACCCGGCUGCGGUGCUUCCAGCAGGAUGAUGCUCACAUCUUCUGUGCACCGGACCAGCUGGAAGCAGAGAUCCGGGGCUGCCUGGAUUUCCUCCGCUCUGUCUAUGCUGUCCUGGGCUUCUCCUUCCGCCUGGCACUGUCCACCCGGCCGUCUGGCUUCCUGGGAGAGCCUUGCCUCUGGGACCAGGCUGAGCAGGUCCUUGAACAGGCCCUGGAAGGGUUUGGAGAGCCCUGGGACCUCAACCCUGGAGAUGGUGCCUUCUAUGGGCCUAAGAUUGACGUGCACCUCCACGAUGCCCUGGGUCGGCCCCAUCAGUGCGGGACAAUCCAGCUUGACUUCCAGCUGCCCCUGAGAUUUGACCUCCAGUACAAGGGGCGAGCCGGGGCCCCGGAGCGUCCAGUCCUCAUUCACCGAGCAGUUCUGGGUUCUGUGGAAAGGAUGCUGGGAGUGCUGGCGGAGAGCUGUGGGGGGAGAUGGCCGCUGUGGCUGUCCCCAUUCCAGGUGAUGGUCAUCCCAGUGGGGACCGAGCAGGAGGACUAUGCCAGGGAGGUACAGCAGAGCCUGCAGGCGGCGGGGCUGGUCGGAGACCUGGACGCUGACUCCAGGCAGACCCUCAGCCGGAGAGUCCGCGGGGCCCAGCUCGCCAACUACAAUUUUCAGUUUGUGGUUGGACAGAAAGAGCAGAGCAACAGAACAGUGAACAUUCGGACGCGAGACAACCGUCGGCUUGGAGAAUGGGACUUGACAGAGGCUGUGGGGCGGCUGCUGGAGCUGCAGAACUCCAGGGUCCCAAAUGCCGAGGAAAUUUUCUGAGCGUUUGCACAGUCACGUGACAGACCUGCAGGAGCCACCAGCCUCUCCGAACCCAGGAGGGGCCAACCUAACCGACAGAGUCUGGAGUCCCAGACCCUUUAGAACUUGUGUGGAGGCCUGAAUCUACUCCUCGGAAAGAGAUUUGAUGUGGAGGAAGCCACAGCUGCUUGUGUGAGGAGAUCGAAACUAAGCAUAAUAAACCUAAAGCUCUGA